AUGCUGCAAUUCAUCACAUAAACACCAAAAAGAAGAGAUUUUGAAGAGAGGGAUUGCACCUAAUCCAUGGCAGAAGCAGAGAAGAAGCAUUUACAGUGCUGCGAACCAGAGUUCUUUAUAUACAUUGCAGUGAGUCUUCUGCUAGUUGUGUUCGCUGGAAUGAUGUCCGGGUUGACGUUAGGCCUCAUGUCGAUGAGCAUCGUGGAUCUUGAGGUUACUGCAAAGUCUGGGAAGCCGAGGGACCGCCUUCAUGCAUCCAAGAUCUUGCCAGUAGUGAAAAAGCAGCAUCUGUUACUUUGCACACUUCUUAUCAGUAAUGCUGCAGCUAUGGAGGCACUUCCUAUUUUUCUUGAUGAUUUGGUUCCAGAUCUUGUGGCCAUUCUUCUUUCAGUGACUUUGAUUCUUUUAUUUGGUGAGAUCAUACCACAAUCUGUUUGCUCGAGGUAUGGUUUAGCCAUUGGAGCCGCGGUUGCUCCAGCUGUUCGUGUUCUCAUGUGGUUUUGGUUUCCAGUGGCCUAUCCAAUAAGUAAGCUGUUAGACUGUAUCCUGGGACAUGAGCAUAAAUCUCUGUUUCGACGAGCUGAGCUGAAAACAUUGGUUGAUUUGCAUGGAAAUGAGGCUGGAAAGGGGGGAGAACUAUCAAUUGAUGAGACAACCAUCAUUGCAGGAGCACUUGAACUUGCAGAGAAAACAGCAAAAGAUGCAAUGACCCCCAUAUCUGAAACUUUCACAAUUGAUAUCAAUGCCAUAUUGGACAGGAACACGAUAAAUUUGAUCCUGGAGAAAGGACACAGUAGAGUGCCUGUAUAUUAUGAGCAACCAACAAACUUAGUUGGGCUCAUUCUGGCCAAGAAUUUGGUGACGAUCAAUCCUGCAGACGAGGUACCUGUCAAGAAUGUAACAAUUCGUCGCCUUCCAAGAGUUUCAGAGACGAUGCCCUUGUAUGACAUACUAAACGAGUUCCAGAAAGGACUAAGUCACAUGGCAGUUGUUGUGAAGUGCCAAAAUGAUACAAUGGAGAAAAGAAGCAGCAGCCUGUCAAGCAGAAAUGUGAUGAUAGAUAUUCCUGGAGGGAGUUUUCCACAAAAGAGAAGCUUGAGGGCCAGAAGAUCACUGAGAAGGUUAAGGGGAUUGUCUGCAAAUGCAAAUGUUUCGGUUUCGCGAAGGGAAUACUCAAAGAGCAGAAGGUGGUCAGAAGAAUUUCACCCAGCAGUCCUACCUGUUCAUGAAAAACCAGUUUUAACUCUCACAGCAGAAGAAGUUGUUGGCAUUAUAACCAUGGAAGAUGUCAUAGAACAGCUUCUCAAAGAGGAGAUCUAUGAUGAAACAGAUGACCAUGAUGAGGCUUUUUAGACAGAUAAUAGUGAUGAGAUUGUGUUGCAAAUUUGCAGUGCAUGACAACAGCUUCUUUUUUUUAUUCUUCUAAUGUUUUCUUGUAAGAAUCUAAGAGAAGCCCAUGACAGAAGGAGCAGAACUGGCCUUCUUCCUCAAUUAUAUGUGUAAUUGCUAUGAAUGAAUCAAAUGCAGAACAGCUUUCUGUUCUUGCAUGAAAA